AUGUCUGCUUUCCAGAAGCCCGCAGCUGGCGCCAUUAUAGAUUACGGUUCCACUCGAUCUUUACAUGAUGCUGCCUCCUACUCGGCCUACGGUCAAUCGCCAUAUGUGACCACCCCGAUGGUCCCGUCCCCGAUGGCUGAUCAGGCAAGCCAAAUCUCGGAUUGUGUUCCAUAUCUGCCCAACAAUGAGUAUGCUAGCUCGUACGAGGAGUCUCAAUCUCCCAUGCUGGGAGCACGCCCCCGUCAGCUUCCCGAAAUUGUGACAUACAGCCCUCAACGUGGACGCGAAGAGACUCGCGUCAUGGUUCAGAUUUCAUCGCCCUAUGAUCUCCACAGCUCCGCAAUUGCAGGUGUGUUUGUAGUUUUUGGCUCGAAGAAGUGCCACUCUCUCCCAACUUUCAUGGGAUUCCAGGGUACCGCUUUCCAGUACGCUCUGGCAGCUGAUGCGCCUGCAUUCUUAUCCACCGGCUCUCCGUCAUUCGCUGUCCCUCUGUCUGUCUCAAUGGAGACCCAGGAUGAUUGCCCACCUAUCACCCUCCAGGUCGGCAUUUACAGCUACGAGCAGGUUUCCCACCCUUCCCCGCCAGGUGAUAGCCGCAAGAGAAAAUUGGCCUCAUAUCCCGAACAUGUCGCACCAUCCGCCAAGCGCCACACUGGACAAGUUAUUCCCAAGGUCGAACACGAAGGUUACCACAGCCGUAACGUCUCUGGGUCUUACUCGCCCUAUUUGCAGCCUCUUCCAGCCAUGUCUGGCUUCGUUGCACCUUACCACAACGCCCCCUCCCCUCAGCCUGGCUCUGCUCAAUAUUCCUCCGUCUCCGUCACCCCUCAACCUGCUCUCCGCGUCCCCUCUCCCAUCACCCCAGCCUGGAGCCCCUCAUAUGUCCCCGUGAACAACGAUGGCCGCAACGCAGGUCUUGCUCUGUCACACAGCAUGCCUCAGCGCAAGGUCACUCAUCCUGGUAGCACACACCCUACUCUCAUCCGCACCUCCACUAUCCAAUCCAACGGCAUGACCCACAACCCAUCUUUCAACCCUUACGCCAUGUACCCAACAAAGGCCGUUCUCAAGCUGAACGGUGACCUCGAUUCUAUGGCACAGGGUUGGUCAAAGGAAGAGCGUACCACCCAGCGCCGUCUGGUCCAGUUCACUCGCUCUCAGACUGGCAGCACCAUCCAGGCCGACUUCAAGGCUGUGACCCCCGAAGACCGCGCCCCGAGCAGCAUCUGCAUUAGCUGUAUCUCUUGGGAAGGAAAGAAUGAGUGCUACGUCACCAGUGUUGACACUAUCUACUUGCUCGAGUCUCUCGUGGCCGUUCGCUUCACUGUUGAGGAAAAGAACCGCAUUCGUCGCAACCUGGAAGGAUUCCGUCCUCUUACCGUUUCCAAGGCCAAGGCCGACAGUGAAGAAUUCUUCAAGGUCAUCAUGGGCUUCCCCGCCCCCAAGCCUCGCAACAUUGAGAAGGAUGUCAAGGUCUUCCCUUGGAAGGUUCUUGCCCAUGCCCUUAAGAAAAUCAUUGGCAAAUACGUACGUAUCGCGAAACUCCCAGCUCAAACCACCGUACUAACUAUAUCCCAGUCCGCCAGCUACUCCUCCACCGCCGGUGCUCUCCCCACACCAAUGACCAACAACUUUGCCAGCCGUGCUAGCCACGGCACCGGUUCCGAUUCCGGCACCGAGGCCCCAACUGCCAACUCGCCGCAGUCCAUCUCAGACACUGGAAACUACGCUAGCAUGCCUGUGCAGGCAUACUCCCACCACACUCCCGCAAACUCCCACUCCUCGGCUUCAGACAUGCGCCCCAUGAUGGCGGGCACACAACCUUAUACCUCCGUUGGCGGAUACUCAUACCCAGCAAUCUGCCACCCGCAGAACGCACACGGUCAUCCGGCGCCUGUGCGUCCAUGGGAAAUGCAACCAGUGGGCCCUGCACCUCCCACCCCUUCAAACAACGGAGCUUGCUACACCUACAUGGAUCCAGUAUACUCGAUGCAUGAUACGCACUGA